AUGUCCACACAAGCAGAGACCAAAGCCAAAGCCGAGGCACUCGUGCCAAAGUUCAAGUUCGAAAAGCUUCUGAAUCAAGACCAAGCAGGCCGCCGAACCUCCCUCCUCGGCACAAUCGACUCUCUCCCCGCCCUCCUCAUCCUCGAGCGUGCCCCCUUCCCAUCCUCCCCCGAUUACCUCGCCUCAGUCCCGACCACCCUCCAAACUCUCAAGAACCUAGGUGCUAAUGACAUCUACCACUGGUACCUCGCCAAUUCCUCAUCCCAGAACCCAUCCGACGAGACGGCCGACCUCAAGAUCAACCUUAUCCACCCCUGCACCGAAAGGCACAUCAAGAAAUACUCCAAACAGGGCGUCCGUCUCGUCUCCGAAACACCGCAAAUCUACCUCGAGCGUGUCAGGCCGUACAUGCAAGCCCAGCGCGACGCCGGCCGUCUGAACUGGGUGUUCAAUAUUGUUGAAGGGAGGACCGAGGUCGAGGAUGUCAUCUACCGCACACCGUUCGAUGCCGCUUCCCUCAACGAAGAAGGGUUCUUGUUGCUGCCCGACCUGAACUGGGACCGCCAGACCCUCGAUGCGCUGCACUUGCUGGGUCUGGUGGAGAGAAGAGACAUUUGGUCCUUGCGCGACCUGAAAAAGAAACACAUCCCUUGGCUGAACCACAUGAAGGAGAAGUUCAUCGAGGCAACGACAAAGGUGUACCCAUCCAUCGAGGCUGACCAGCUGAAACUCUAUGUCCACUACCAGCCCACAUAUUACCACUUUCAUAUUCACAUUGUGCACGUUCAGCUCGAGGCGGGCGCCACGCAGGCGACGGGUAAGGCGGUUGGAUUAGAUAGCAUUAUAUCGCAGUUGGAGACGAUGGGUGGCGGGGACGAAGCGGGCAUGGACCGGGCUACAAUGAGCUACACUCUGGGCGAGGCCAGCGAUCUGUGGGUCGAGGUGUUCGAGCCGCUCAAGCGCGCCGGUGGUAAAGCUUCUCAAUCGCAAUGA